AUGCCUGUUUCAUCGCUGCUCAAGAAUGCAUUGACGCCUGAUGAGCAGCGGCUAAUACCUGGGAUAUUGGUAAGCAAGAUGGAUGAGGAGAUGCGUUUGUAUGAGAGUGAGUGUUUGAAGAAGACGAUAGAGUUUGAAAAGAAGGUUGAGAGAUGCGAGGAGGUUAUUGCGGAUAUGACGAGAAGGAAUAUAAAGCAAGAAAUAGAGCUUACAGAGACGAGGAGGUUAUUGAGCAUGACUGAAAUGCAAAGGGAACAGUGUUUUCAAGAAAAUGCUUGUUUAAAAGGUGAGAUAAACAGCUACAGAGAUAAAACUGGAGACAGUAGUCAAUAUUUUGUAAAAGAAAGUGAGGUGGAGAAGUUAAAGAAAGCGUUUGAAGAGCAAACAGAGGAGAUGAAUAGGAAGUGUGCAGAGCUUGAAAGAAGCAAUAUACGACUUGCAGAUAAGAUUUUAGAGCAAAAGAAACAAAUGAAGUAUUUGGUGAAUAGUUCUGAAGUGCCUGAGGCAAGUAGAGACAAUCUAGAGUUAAUAAAGUUAAUUCAGAAGUUGACAAAGAGGAAUGAAGAGCUUGAGAGAUGGAGUGAGGUUUCUACAGAUCGAUCCAGAGUUCAUGAUGGAGCAGAUAUUAAGGAAGAGUAUAAAAAGAAGUGUGAUGAGCUCAAUGAGAUGAAUAGAAGAGGAUGUAUGCUUGAGAUUGAGUAUAAUAAGGUAUUUAAAGAGAAAGGAGAGAUGGAAUCGCGAGUUGCCAUCGAAGUGAAUGAAAAGAAGAUAAUGCAAAGAUACAUGGAAGAGAUGAAAGAAGAGAUGAUGUGUUUGAAGAUUGAGCUAGGGAAUGUGAAGGCAAAGAAUGCGAUACUAGGAGAUGCAUCAUUGAGACUCAGCGAAAUGAACAGUGAGAUAGUCCGAUGCAAUCUGAUAAUGAAGGAAGACAGGAAUCGAAUUAGGGAGUUAAAAUCACAGGUAGUUGAAUGCGAAGAGAGAUACAACAAGUAUAUUUUAGAGGAGAGGACGACUGUAACUGCGAUUAUUGGACGAGAGAUUGAGGGGAUAAAGAAAAGUCUUGGAGAGUAUUCUGGAUUGCUAUAUGGAAUUGAAUUGGAGCUUAAGAAUGCAUUUGAAGAGCAAACUAGAUUUAAGAGGAUGAUUUUUUUGCAAGAUGAGGAAGUGUCUCAAGCGAAGAAGAUUGUAGAAGAGUAUAUUGAUAGAGAAGGAAGGCUGAACUGGGAAAUAGAGAUGCACCGAGUGAAUGAGAAUAAAAUGAGAGAAACAGUUUUGGCGAUUGGCUGGGAUAUUAGAGAUAUGGCACAAUGUAUUGAGGACGUGUUAGUUGAUACAUCUGAUGUGUGCUUUGAUAUUAUGAAUAGGAUUGUGAAACGAGAGGAUAUGAAAAAAGGAAUAAUUAAAAAAAUGUUUGAUGAGGCAGAGAAGGUUGAGAAUGAGCUAGCUGAAAGGGAAGCAAGCCUGUAUUCGUUAAUAGAAGGACGUGUUGAUGAUGCAAUUGAAUUUCUUGGUAAGGAAAGAAAUAUUCUGAAGCAGGAAAAUGUGUUUCUGAGGAAUAAGGUUGAAGGACUUGAAGAUACGUUUGAUCUUAUGGAUAAGAUGACGGCACUAGAGAAGCAGAAUGAAGGGAUGAAAAUGCAGAUUGAAUCGAUGAGAAAUCAAGAGGCCAAUGAAGAAGUAGUUGUAACAAUGCACAGGAUGGAACAAAAGAUUUUUUUAUUGAAAGCAGAGUUAGACAAAGCCAAUGAAGAACUUAAGCGCAGUAAUGAUGCAAUAGAGAAAUACAAGAUUGUUGUUGAGAAACUAAAGAAGAUUAAGGAUGCGUAUAUCAAGCUUAAGGCCGAAUGCUCUGAAAAGAAGUGUGUAGAAGAAUGCAUGAAUGGAAUGUAUGAACAAGGUGAUAUAGAAAAAUCGAGUGUGAUUCCAAGCAUAAAGGAAAUGUAUCUUGGGGAAGAGAAUGUGAAUAAGAGUAAGGAAGUAAAUAUUGAAAGGAAAGCUGAUGAGAUAAUCACUGAUCAUGACAUUUUAGGUCAUGAAACAGCUGUGGAAAAAGAAUCGCCACAUGUAAGAGGCAGAAGAUCCGAAAGGAUCAAUCACGGAGAUGAGCCAAAGCAAGGCCAUUAUAGAAGAUCUUAUUCAGAUAAGAAAAGAGGAUGGAACACAUCAAAUGAGUUUAAGAAAACCAGAGAUAGGAGAAAUUAA